AUGGUCGAAUCUUCCAAGCCCCAUCCUGCGUCUUUGGUCACAAACAUCAAGACUUGCAUCCCUAUUGUUCUUGAUUACGAUGGUACACAAUACAACAACUGGUUUACCCUAUUUCAAAUUCAUCGCCGCGCUAAUUUGGUCAUCGAUCAUGUUAAGCCUAAACCUAAACCUGUUGUUGAGCCGGCUGCUAAGGAGGACAAACCUAUUGACAUGGCUCUCUGGCAACCACUUGACGAUAUUUUUGCUAGGGCUUUGCAACUGGAUGCCCAAUUCACAAACACCAAGCUUGAACAAUUUGAUGGUAUCAAGCCCUAUUGUACCCAUCUCAAAACUCUUGCUGAUAUUUUAAAGAAUGUAGGAGAUAAAGUCUCCGAUAAUCGAGUGGCUCUCCAACUUUUGAAAGGUCUCUCGGAGGAGUACAAACCCUUUCGUACUUCCGUUCGUCAUCUCAACCCUCUACCUUCCUUUGAUGCCCCACGAUCUAUGCUCCAAUUGGAGGAGCAAGAGAACGUUGUUGAUCUUUCACUCGAGUCACGUGAGGAGGCUCACAUCACUAACACCUCCUCUACAGUCUCUCAAACCACCGCAGGAAGCUCACAAAAUCCUGCAAAUACGCGUGGGGGUAACUCACGCACUGCCACCGUAAAGCAGCAGCGCCACCCGCAGCAGUAG